AUGAGUACCCUCGGCUUUGACCCUUACUACUCCUCCUCCUCCUACCGCCGCUGGUAUGUGGAGGGAGCCCCCCGAGGGGUGGUGACCAGGGGGAGGUCACGCUCGGCCUACUCAAUCCACACCUCUCCCCUGUCCUCUGUGAGCUCCCGUUUGCAGUACUCCUCUCCUGGACGGGCUCUGCAUUCAUCCCCGGCUUCCUCCUCCUCCGUGGAACUGGAGCUGAGCCAGGCGGCCCAGGUGAGCUCUGAGUUCCGCACGGUAAGGACCCAGGAGAGGGCUCAGAUGCAGGAGCUCAAUGACCGCUUCGCCGGCUUCAUCGACCGCGUGCGGGAGCUAGAGCAGCAGAACCGUGCGCUGGAGGCUGAGCUGAUGCUGCUGAGGCAGAGGCAUGGGGAGCCUUCCCGUCUGAGGGCCCUGUAUGAGCAGGAGGCGCGGGCUCUGAGGGCUGCCGUGGAGGAGGCGCGUGGGGAGCAGCAGGCCGCCCUGGGGCAGAGGGAACGUCUGGGGCAAGCCCUGAGCGCCCUGCAGGCCCGCUACGAGGAGGAGGUGGUGGCUCGCGAGGACGCGGAGGGAAGGCUGCUGGAUGCGCGGCGUGGUGCCGACCAGGCCACCCUGGCCAGGACCGAGCUGGAGAAGAGGGUGGAAACCCUGCUGGACGAGCUGGCCUUCCUCAAGAGGCUCCACGAGGGGGAGGUGGUGGAGCUCCAGGCCCAGGCCCAGCUGGGGGCCCAGGUGGCUGUGGAGAUGGAGGCAACCACGCCGGACCUGUCCGGGGCUCUGAGGGACAUCCGAGCCCAGUACGAGAGGCUGGCAGCCAAGAACAUGCAGUCUGCUGAGGAGUGGUUCCGUGGGAAGGUGGGCUCCCUGACGGAGAGCGUGGCCCAGCACAGCGAUGCAGUGAGGAGCUCCAGGGACGAGGCUGGGGAGUACCGCCGGCAGCUCCAGUCCCGCCUGCUGGAGAUCGAUGCCUGCAGGGGUCUCAAUGAGUCUCUGGAGAAACAGUUGCAUGACAUGGAGGACAAGCAGAGUGCUGAGAUCAAUGGCAUGCAGGAUACUAUUGGCCAGCUGGAGAAUGAGCUGGGAGCCACAAAGCAGGAGAUGGCUCGCUACCUGAAGGAUUACCAGGACCUGCUGAAUGUUAAGAUGGCCCUUGACAUCGAGAUCGCUGCGUACAGGAAGCUGCUGGAGGGGGAGGAGUCUCGUUUCAGUGGGGGCGUGUCCGGGGGUAUGUCCAGUGUCUACGGCCACACCCUGUCGGCCACACCCUCCUUUGGCCGCUCUAUGUUCUCCAUGCAGGCCAGCCUAAGCUCUGGCGCCCCCUACCUGAUGACUUCACGCUUCCUCAGCUCCUCAUUCACCUCUGGAGAUGACGUCAUCUCUGCCAGCCUGGCCCAGCAGGACUCUGCCAGCCUACCACAGGAGGAGAAAGAGGAGGAGGAAGAGGAGGAGAAGGAGGAGGAGGAAGAGAAGGAAGAGGAGGGAGAGGAGAAGGAGGAAGAGGGUGGAGAGGAGAAGGAGGAAGAGGGUGGAGAGGAGAAGGAGGAAAAGGGAGAGGAGAAGGAGGAAGAUGGAGAUGAGGGAGGCGAGAAGGAAGAAACUGCAAAGGAGGACGGAGAGAAAAAGGAAGAUAAGGACAAGGGUGGGGAGCAGGAGGGAAAGGAAGGCGAGGAAGAGGAGGGGGGAAAGAAAGAGGGGGGAGAUGAUAAAGAAGGGGGUGAUAAAGAGGAAGAGGAUCAAGCUGAAGCUAAAAGUGAGGAGAAAAAAGAUGACAAAGCAGACACCAAAGAAGAGAAAGAUGAACCAGAGAUAUCCAAGACCGUGGGAAAGAGUGAAAAACCUGCCGAAGAGAAGAAAGACCAAUCUGAAAAACCAAAGGCUAAAAAGUAAGUUUGUGGCCCAAGACUCCACAAGCCAGAAGACAGUCUAAUAAAAACCCCAGCUCGACAAACAGCAGAAAUACACAAGAUUAAUGACUUCAGUGUGCUUGUUAACAAGGUGCUCAAUACAAUACAUAUUUUAGUGCACUACUGCAUAAAAUCAC